GACGCACGGGCGCUCGCUCGCUCCCGGCGACGCCAUUUUCACAGCUGCAAAUCUUUUACAAGGGAGAAAACCCAGGAUCAGAGAAGUGGAGUUACUUGGCCAGACUUUCCCAGCUGCCCUUGGAGUUCCUUGUUGUGCUCUGGUGACCCUGUGAGCAACAUUAUCAUCAGUAGACCUUUCAUGACUCCUCUCUCUUUCUGGAUGUAGGCAUCUCAGAACAUGGCUUCCUGGAUCAUUACAAUUUGUCAUUUUGAUACUGGAGAUAGAUUGGGAGUGCAACUGGUUUGAGCAAAUUUGUAGUUCUGCUGCCUGAACAGACACUAGGUGGCAACAGUGCAACUCCAAUUGGGGUUUGAACAAUGGAACUAAAUGCUGGAAGGAGCCUUAGACAUUGGAGUCCAAGCCCUACUGUUUGCAAGAAAAAGAGAAACAGAAAAACCAAGAACUAGAGACAGGAGUGACUUGCUCAACCAUUGUUGAGUGCCAAGUGACUCAUCAGCUCUUUUGGCACAAAAGCAUCAACCGUGAAGUUGUGGAAUUAAGUUGCUGUUGCUAUAUGUGUGGAACUCUGGCUGCCAGCUGAAGAUCUAAUGUGAGCACUGUUUUGUGUGUCUAGAUCAAAUGAUGCUGUUUGGAAAAGUUUCCCAGCAGUUGUGUGGCUUAAAGAAACUCCCAUGGUCAUGUGAAUCCAGAUACUUCUGGGGCUGGCUGAAUACAGUGUUUAAUAAAGUGGAUUAUGAACGCAUCAAGGCUGUCGGCCCUGACAGGGCAGCUUCUGAGUGGCUGCUGCGCUGUGGGGCCACAGUCCGGUACUGUGGCCAGGAGAGGUGGCAGAAGGACUACAACCACCUCCCAACGGGCCCCCUGGACAAAUACAAGAUUCAAGCAAUCGAUGCGACGGACUCUUGUAUCAUGAACAUUGGAUUUGAUCACAUGGAGGGCCUAGAACAUGUUGAAAAAAUAAGAUUAUGCAAGUGUCAUUAUAUUGAAGAUACGUGUUUGCAGAGGCUUGGUCAACUUGAAAAAUUACAGAAAAGCCUAUUGGAAAUGGAAAUAAUUUCCUGUGGGAACAUCACAGACAGGGGCAUCAUUGCUUUGCGUCAUUUAAGAAACCUCAAGUAUUUGUUGUUAAGAGAUCUUCCUGGAGUAAGAGAAAAAGAAAAUCUUGUCCAAGUUUUUAAGACAACACUGCCUUCUCUUGAAUUAAAAUUACAAUUAAAGUAAAAUAAUGAAGUUUUAUUUCAGUAUGAAGGAUCAUUUGAAAUUUUUGGCCCUAGAAGGUAGCAAAUAUAUUAUAUAAUCAUCAACAGAAUUGUAACAGUGUGCUAUCAUGGCAUUUUAGAAGUGGAGAAAAUAAUUUUCAUAUGUAGAAAAUAAAUGUUCAGACGUGACUCACUAAAGUUACUAAGUUGGAAGUGAGAAAUUAUGUAAUUAAAUCAUUUUAAGAAAAAUGCAAA